AUUAUAAUAAUGUCAUCAGCGGGCGCGCGCUGCCCGGUGUGUAGUCGGUUGCACGUGAAUCACCGUGAUGGCCAACAGCUCUGAUGUGGUGAAGAAAGUCAUGCGGUUCAAACUUCAGCUCUCAGACACAGCAGAGUCUGCUACGGUUCUAAAAAUUUUGCAGAAACUCAAGGAUCUGGAUAUCACAUUAGACAUUCUUGCUGAGACAGGAAUUGGCAAAACUGUUAACUCGUUGCGCAGACAUGAACAGGCUGGAGAACUUGCCAAGUCACUAGUUAGGGGUUGGAAAAGAUUGGUCCCUAAAGAAUCCACAAGCCACACAGAAGAUGGGGAUGUGUCAGAGAGUUUAACUUUUAAAGAAAAACUGGACGACCAAAACUGUCAAAAUCAUGGAAGUCUGACAGUGGAGGAUUUAAACAAUAAUUGCUUAACAUCUCAUGACGACGCUCUCUCCAAAACAGGGAAUAGGAAAGCUGUUUUACAGAAACAAUGUGAAGAACAGAAUGAAAAUCAAGAAAAAAGUCAACAAGAAAACCAGAAUAUCUCUCAGUAUGAUGUCUUGAAAAAGAAAAUUGAAAUCCAACAGGAUAAAAAGGACAAUUCAGUUUCCCAUGAGAAGAAAACUGAUCAGAGCAAUAGAAAAUCAGGAGACGGUGAUGCUUUGCUUGGAAGUGAAAACCCAGAGGACAACUCCAGUAGUGGAAAAUUGGGGUCAGAAAAAGAGUCAAAUAAAAAAUCAAAGCCAUCAAAAGAAUUGUCAAAGGAAGGCAACGAAUCAUUUUCAUUAGAGUCCAGUGACAAAUAUUCCAAAACCUUAGAUGACAGAUCUUCAGGAACAUUGAAUAGCUCAGAGGCUCAGAACAGAAAAAGGAAAAAAACGGGUAAAGAGAAGCAUGCUGCUCUGAAAGAGUCUGAAAAUGAGGAACACCCAAAACACAAGGCCAAAAUAAAACCCAAAGACAGGGAGAGUAACAGACACCUAGAGGAGCCAUCCAUGUCUUUUGAAUCAUGCCUGAACUAUGACGUGAAUGUUUUCAAGAGAAAAGAACGAUCUGGAGUGAAGAACCCUCCCAAAAAAAUCAAGACAGCAGUAAAGGAUCCUGGCAUGAAACAUUUCAAGUCACCUACGAUGUCUAUAAAUGUAACCUCUCCAAAACAGCAAUUUAAGGAGUCGGUAAUGAGCCUGAUGAACAUUCCUUUACCUGCUGUUCUGCCUGAAUGUGAACAACCAUCCAGUUUUGAGUACUUUGAGAGGAGAGUUGAGAAGGAGACAGAUUUCUGUGACGUCUCUGAGGAGUCUGCAGGCUUCACAGGUCAGCGACUUAACAAGAAGAUGCAAGUGUACUCUGGUGCCAAGACCAUUUUCCUCCCAACCAUGAUGAGCUUGCACCAGCAGUGUAUCCGCACGCUGCAGAAUAAUAUUAACUUGCUUUAUGAAACUGGUGGAGUCCCAUUUGAAAUCCUUGAGCCGGUGUUGGAGAGGUGUACACCAGAGCAGCUGCUACGCAUUGAAGAAUACAAUCCAGUCUACAUUGGAGUGACUGACCACUUAUGGGGGAAACAUUGUCAGAGGGACUUCAAAGACUCCAAACUUCAGGAGUAUGAAUCAUGGAAAGAGAUGUACGUCAGGCUGUCUGAGGAGAGGGAAAGGAAACUCCAAAGACUGACAAAAAGCAUUGUCUCUGCACAUUCUAACAAACCCAAAGGUCGGCAGGUGAAGAUGGCAUUUAUUCACACGGUUGCCAAGCCACCGAGAGAUGUGCGAAUUCAGCAGGAAAUACAUGGAACUGCUGUUCAGCAGCCUCAUCAGCUCAGGUGCAGUGUCAAGAUUCAGGACAACAGAUCAAGGCCCAGUUGUAAUGAGCCCAGCAGAUCCAGCAGCACGACUUCAGGGGCAGGCAAUACACAAGACCCUCGCAAAAAAACAAGAGUUGCUCCAAUGAUGGCAAAGUCCUUGAAGGCAUUUAAGAAACAGCUGGGACGCAGAUAAAUGCUCUUAUAUGACCUUGCUAUUUACAGUGUGUGGAUGUGGUGAAAGUGUACUCUAUCAUUCAUUAACUUUGGACAAAAGAAGGCUUGUGUUCACCUUAGAUUACUCUGUGUUGUUUGUCUAAAUAUACAGGCAGCUGCCAUGUUUUUUUUUUCACUAUAAUUGUGAAUCAUCUUCACUAUUAAAUGAAAAAUGAAAUGAGCAAAUUUAUGUGAUUUGAUAUUUUGUCUUUUAGCUGUUUGUGCUAAACAAUGUCACACUUUAGGUUAUUUAAUGGGGUUUGGCUCCCUCUAGAGGAUAUAUGGAGCAGUGUAAUUUGUCUUUAUUUACACAUUUCUUUGCCAAACUCAUUUUACUACACAUACAGUUUCAGAUUAUCUUGAUGAUUACCUAUGUUUUAAAUACAGUGUACAUCCCUCUCAAUUAAUUUAAUUUAAAAAAGGGCGCCAUGAGGACAUAACUCAUAACAUAUUUAAUCCACACAUACUUAACCAUAUUUACCAUACAUAUAAAGGACUCAUUUUACCAUACAUUAAACAUACAUUGCUGGGGAUAUAUUGCAUUUAGUCUUUUCAUAACAAAUGGAUCAUAAACUGUGUGUUCAAGCUCAGCAAGUUUGGAAAAAAUAAAUUUAUAA